CACCGCUGCCACCAUAAACGCCAUUAUCAAAAUCCGCGAAAUGGAAGAAAAUUACAAAAAGUCAGCCAUGGCGGAAAUCCAUACAGGAGAUAUUGUAGAUAUUCAAUAGAUACAGAUAUAUGAGCUGUAUAAUCGCAUAUCUAUACUCGUCGAUUUCUCAUAAAUUAAGGAUACAGAGAGUGGAAUCAUUGUGAAUCGGAUUAUCGGAUCAAUUCAAUUUUGACUUGAUCUGAUUCUAAUUUUGUUUUUCAAUUUUGGGGAUUAAUUUAUAUUCGUUGUGUUGAAAGAAUUUGGUCGAUUCUGCAUGAGAGAAUUGGGGGCGGAGUAGAGAGAGAGAGAGAGAGAGAGAAAUUUUUUUCCUUGUGGUAGCGAAACAUGUCUGCCGUAGUGUGCGGAAAGAGAUCGAACAUCUUUGAGGAAUCGCCGUCGUCGCCGCCAGUGUCCAAGAGAAUCCGCCGUUCUUCUACAUCGUCAUCGUCUCCGGGCAGAAAUUACUCUCCGCCGAGAGCCGCCGCCGCUUCCAACUACUCGUUCUCCAAUUCGCCGCUCGACCAUCUCGUUGCUCUCUUUCCUGACAUGGACAGACAGUUUCUGGAGAAAGCCCUUGAAGAAUCUGGCGACGAUCUGGAUCUUGCAAUAAAAAGAUUAAAUGAACUUCGGUUGAGUGCUGCAGCAAGUACAUCUGAUCUUACACAGGAAAUUGACCCUCAAUUUUCGGCUAAAGUGGGGGGGAAUAAUGGGGAAACAGCUCCAAGAGAAGAACCACCUAUGGGAAGCAAUCUUCCUGUAGAUGGAGCCGAGUGGGUAGACCUAUUGGUUAGAGAAUGCGUAAGUGCAGCAAAUAUCGACGAUGCUAAGGUACGCUUGUCCAGAGCACUUGAGGCAUUGGAGAAGUCCAUUUGUGCAAAUGCAACUGCAGAAGCUGCCAAAAACUUCCAAGAGGAGAACAUAAUGCUAAAGCAGCAACUAGAUGCAGUGCUGCAAGAAAAUGCUAUUCUGAAGAGAGCAGUUUCGAUCCAACACGAGCGUCAGAAGGAAUUUGAGGAAAGGGGUCAGGAGUUGCAUCAGCUCAAACAGCUCGUGUCUCAAUACCAGGAGCAGCUCCGAACUCUUGAGGUGAACAACUACGCUCUUGCAAUGCACCUCAAGCAGGCACAACAAGGCGGUUCCCUUCCUGGACGUUUUCACCCCGAUGUAUUCUAAUUAAAUAAUCCUUUGCAUGUAAUAAUAAUAAUUAACAGGGUUUAUUAGCCUACAAUCGUGGCCCUCGUUUUUUUUUUUUUAAUUUAUUUAUUCUGGCCCUAGUUCGUAUGUCUCGUUUGGCUGAGUACCGUGUUAUAACGCCAAUCUGCUACUUUCCGAUGCAAGACUUUUAUAACAUUUUGUUUUUGGUAUUUGGACUUUUUGUGUUGCAUUAGUAUAACUGGAUUUCGCUGAUCAAUGGAGAGCCACUGGCUUUGUAUUUAUUCUGCACUUGA